UUAAAAAAAAAUAAGUAAACUAUUGUCUGUUUUCUUUGCCACAGCCUUAACUGAAUUGAGUUGCUAUGUGGGAAACGUAGAUAUUAAAUUUUAUAAUUAAGUCAAUCACAGUGCAAGGCAAAUGCUUAAUAAUACUUUAACAUAAGUGUAACUGCUUUAUAAUAAAAUACUUGAUGUGCGAGCAACUUUUUCAACAGUCAUAUACGCUGAUGGUCCCUGUAAUCGUGCAGAGUUGCUACUUCACAUUUAUGAAUUUUGAAUCAGUCUACUUCUUUCCAUCUUUUUUUACAUAUUAAAUCCAGGACCUACAAUAGUAACUGAAAAAUACUUUGAAAAUACUCUUUGCUCAAUAAAUAGUGUUUAAUAAAUGAGUAAAGAAAGCAAGUCAGUGGCUAAAGAAUAGGAAAGAAAUAGGUAGGUAUGGGAGGACCUUUAUUUGGUAGUAUUUGGCAAAUGAUAAAAAAAAAGAGAGGAGAAAGAAUUUUACUUAAUUUUUUUCCAUUAUAUGUCUACUGACCAGAUAUAUUUCUGACAAAUCAACCAGGAUAAUAAACAUACAAUAGGAUUUGGUUUCAAGAUGAGGGUAACUUCCAAACUUUGAAUUUUAGAAUAGCAGAAAAGAUAUCUAUCUCUCUGGCUCAUGAGAGUUUGUUAAGAGUAAGAGAAAGAUUCAUCUUUCCUUCUGAAAGACUCUUGAUGAUGACCUUGCCUUCUUUUUUUCAGGCAUGACCUUCAACUGUUCCUUGUGGCAGGACAACAGCAUGUCUGUCAAACGCUUUGCCUUUGCCAGAUUCUCUGAGGUCACUGAACAGUGUUUCCUUUUGUUUACCCUCAUCCUGCUCAUGUUCUUAGCAUCACUGACGGGCAAUGCUCUCAUAGCCACUGCCAUCUGGACCAACCCGGUCCUCCACACCCCCAUGUACUUCUUCCUGGCCAACCUGUCUCUCUUGGAGAUCGGCUACACGUGCUCUGUCAUACCCAAGAUGCUGCAGAGCCUUGUGAGCGAGGCCCGAGGAAUCUCUCGGGAGGGGUGUGCCACACAGAUGUUUUUCUUCGCAUUUUUUGGUAUCAGUGAGUGCUGUCUUUUGGCCGCCAUGGCUUUUGACCGCUAUAUGGCCAUAUGCUCCCCACUUCACUAUGCAACACGAAUGAGUCGUGGAGUGUGUGUCCAUCUGGCAAUGGUUUCUUGGGGAGUGGGAUGCAUGGUAGGCUUGGGCCAGACCAACUAUAUUUUCUCCCUGGACUUCUGUGGCCCCUGUGAAAUAGACCACUUCUUCUGUGACCUCCCCCUCCUGGCACUUGCCUGUGGGGAUACCUCCCAUAAUGAGGCUGCAGUCUUUGCUGUGGCCAUCCUUUGCAUUUCCAGCCCAUUUUUACUCAUCAUUGCUUCUUAUGGCAGAAUUCUAGCUGCCGUGCUCAGCAUGCCCUCACCUAAGGGUCGCCAAAAAGCUCUUUCCACCUGUUCUUCCCACUUACUUGUAGUAACACUCUUCUAUGGCUCAGGAUCUGUCACCUACUUGAGACCCAAGGCUAGCCAUUCACCAGCAAUAGAUAAACUCCUAGCCCUCUUCUAUACCGUGGUGACAUCCAUGCUCAACCCCAUCAUCUACAGUUUACGGAACAAGGAAGUCAAGGCAGCUCUUAGGAGAACUCUAGACAAGAAAAAAGUAUUGACUCAUAGGUAGAUACAAGAAGACGACACAAAUUGCUCUUUGAAAAAGAUGCACACUCAAUCUAAGAGAAAACAAAAGAAGAAGAGGGAAAGAAAGAAAUGUACUUGCCAAUCUUUUGUAAAAACCUCCUUUGGAUUAAUAACUCUUCAUAUAAUAGUGGUAAUAUGAUAAAGAAUGGAGAACUGUGACUGCUACUGUGACAACUCAUAGUAUAGAAUGAAUAAGUUCUGCCAUUCUAACAUACAGCAUGGUAACUGUAGUUAAUAAUACUGUAUUAUAUACUUCAAAUUUGCUAACAACGUAGAUCUUAAGUGUUCUUACCACACACACACACAAAAGACAACUAUAUGAGGCAAUGAAUGUGUUACUUAAUUGUGGUAAUCAUUUCACAAUGGAUACAUAUAUUGAAUCCUUACAUUAUACAUUUUAAGUCUUAACUCUUGACAAUUUUAAUUGUCAUGUUUAUCUCAAUAAAGCUGGAAAAAAAAGAUGUGAUAAUUCUACUGAUGUUCAUUAAUGACCAAAAUGUGUAUUUUACCAUAUAUGCCCAUUUUACCAAAAGAUAUCUAAUUCCUUGAAGACCAAAACAUUAAUACAUUGUGGUUUUUAUUUAUAUCUGUGUGCAGUUAAUUAAGAAUGGAAAUAAUAUGAACAUACAAAAGUAAUUACUUAACAGUUAUGCAGAAGAAAUAGGCAGGAAUUAUCUCUAGGUAUUAGAGAUGAUU